AUGAAUCCAAAUCCAAUUGAAUAUAAUUAUGGUCCCCGAUCUGUCGCCGUUGGCGACUUCAACAAAGAUAAUUUGCUAGAUAUUGCUGUUGCUAACUAUGCUGCUGACAACAUAACUAUACAUUUUGGAUAUGGCGAUGGCACUGUCGCAAGCCCAGUCAAGUAUUCAACCGGUUCGGGCUCUGCUCCGUACAUGCUCGCUGUCGAUGAUUUCAACAACGAUGGUCAAUUGGAUAUUGCCGUCGCGAAUUUCGGUACAAACAGCGUUGGUAUAUUUCUUGGACUCCAAAAUGGGUCUUUUGUGAGUCAAACAACUUUGUCGACUGCUUUAUCUCGUCCCAUUUGGAUCACCAUAAAAGAUCUCAACAAAGAUACUGCAUUAGAUAUUGUCACUGCUAACUAUGGCACACACAGCGUAAGUGUAUUCUAUGGAUAUGGAAAUGGGAACUUUUCAGAACCAAGCACGUACUUUACGGGCUAUGAUUCUUUUCCAUUUGCGGUUGUCACUGGAGAUUUUAACAAUGAUAAAAAGAUAGAUCUUGCCACCGCAAAUUAUGGUACAAACACUGUAGGUAUACUGCUUGGAACUGAUAACGGUACUUUCGCAAAUCAAAUCAUGAUUUCAACUGGUCCUAAUUCCCAUCCAUACUCGAUUGCUAUUGGUCAUUUAAACGAGGAUACUAUGCUAGAUAUCGUUGUCACCAAUCAUGGAAAUAACAGUGUAGGUGUACUCCUGGGCAACAGUGAUGGAACUUUUAUGACGCCAACGACAUAUUCGCUCGGAGAUUCUUCUCCAUAUUCUAUUCGGAUUGAUGAUUUCAAUAGUGACGGUCGAAAGGAUAUAGUCGUCACCAAUAAUGGCGCUAACAAUAUAGCUGUAUUUUACGGAUAUGGAAACGGUUCUUUUGGAAGUGCAAUACCGUAUUCAACUGGAUCUUUUUCUUCUAUCUCCAUUGAUGUAGGCGACUUCAACACAGACAAUCAUUUAGAUAUCGUUCUUAUCAAUAAUGACACCAGCAGCAUAGGUAUUCUACUUGGUUAUGACGAUUUCUCUUUUGAAAAACAAACGGCAUAUCCAACAGGCAGCUAUCCAAUCUCUGUAGCUAUUGGCGAUUUAAAUAAUGACACCCGAUUAGAUAUCGUCGUUGUUAAUAUACUGAACGACACUAUCAGUGUAUUUCUGGGAUAUGGUAAUGGCUCUUUUACAACACAAAUGACAUAUUCAACGGGCUUUUUUCCAGUCUUUGUAGCUAUUGGCGAUUUUAACAACGACAUUCGAUUGGAUAUUGUCGUUGCUAAUAUGAUUGAGAACAGUGUAGGUAUAUUUCUCGGCUAUGGCAAUGGUUCUUUUGCAAAGCAGAUAACACAUUCAACUAACUAUUGGCCAUCCUGUAUAGCUGUUGGUGAUUUUAACAACGACGCCCGACUGGAUAUCAUCGUUGUUAGUGCGUAUACCAACGUUGUAAGUGCAUUUCUCGGAUAUGGCGAUGGUUCUUUUACAAACCCGAUAACAUAUCCAACUGGCUCUUAUCCAAGCUCUGUAGCUGUUGGUGAUUUUAACAACGACACUCGACUGGAUAUCGCUGUUACUAAUUUGGCUGACAACACCCUAAUUUUACUUUUCGGCUAUGGCAAUGGCUCUUUUGAAUAUGAUAUUCCAUACCUAACUGGCGCUAGUCCAUCCUCUAUAGCUGUUGGAGAUUUUAAUAACGACACUCGAUUGGAUAUCGUCGUUGCUAACAUGGAUGACGACACUGUAAGUGUAUUUCUCGGAUUUGGUAAUGGUUCGUUUGCAAAUCAUUUGACGCACUCAACUGGUCCUUCCCCACAGUCUGUAGCUGUUGGUGAUUUUAACAACGAUACCCGAUUGGAUAUCGUCGUUACUAAUUAUUAUGACAGCACUGUAAGUGUACUUCUCGGACUUGGCAAUGACUCUUUUUUAGAUCAAACGACAUAUUUAACUGGCUCUUCCCCACAUUCUGUAGCUGUUGGCGAUUUUAACAAUGACACCCGACUGGAUAUCGUCGUUGUUAAUUCUGAAAACAACACUGUUGAUUUUCUCCUUGGUUACGACAGAGGACCUCUAGCAAAUGAAAUCACAUUUGCAUCUGGUGAUGGUUCUCGUUUACGAAGUGUUGCCGUUUUUGAUUUCAAUAACGAUGGCCUACUGGAUCUUGUCGUUGCUAAUUAUGGUACGAAUAAUAUAGGUGUCAUUCUUGGACAUGGGAAUGGCACUUUUGAAAACCAAAUAAAGCUCUCAACGGGAUUUAAUUCUCAUCCUUACUCGGUUGUCAUUAGUGAUUUCAAUAGAGAUGAUCACAUGGAUAUCGCAGUAGCCAACUAUGGUACUAAAAACGUUGGUUUAUUUCUGGGAAACGGGAACGGAACAUUUGAAAGUCAGGAUACUUAUAGCAAUGGUUUUGAGUCCGCGCCAGUGUUCAUUGCUACUGGUGAUCUCAACAAUGAUGGACGUUCGGAAAUUCUUGUGGCAUAUGAUAAUAUUGAUAAUCUAGAUGUGCUUGUUGCAUAUGACAUCGGAUCUUUUGAAAAACAAACGACAUACUCAACUGGCUCUGAUCCACGAUCUGUAGCUGUUGGUGAUUUUAACAACGACGGACGGCUGGAUAUCGUUGUUGCUAAUGGGAACAGCGGCUCUACUAGUAUCCUUUUUGGAUAUGGCAAUGGUUCUUUUGCAUAUCAAAAGACAUAUUCAACUCGUCCUAAUCCACAAUCUGUAGCUGUUGGCGAUUUUAACAACGAUACACUACUGGAUAUUGUCAUUGCUAAUGGUGACAGCGACAGUGUUAGUAUACGUCUAGGAUAUGCUGUUGGCGAUUUUAAUAACGAUGCCCAACUGGAUAUCGUCGUUGCUAAUGGACACAGCGACAGUGUUAGUAUACUUCUCGGAUAUGGUAACGGUUCUUUCGCAAACCAGACGGCAUAUUCUACUGGUUCUCGUCCACAAUUUGUAACUGUUGGCGAUUUUAACAACGACACUUAUUUGGAUAUCGUCGUUGCUAAUGGGAACUGCCGCACUGUGAGUUUACUUGUCGGAUAUGGUAAUGGUUCUUUUGCAUAUCAAAUGACAUAUUCAACUGGCCGUUCCCCACGAUCAGUAGCUGUUGGUGAUUUCAACAACGACACCCUACUGGAUAUCGUCGUUGCUAAUCGAGGCAGCGGCACUAUAAGUGUACUUUUUGGAUAUGGGAAUGGCUCCUUUUCAAAUCCUACAACAUACUCAACUGACUCUUCCCCAAACUCCGUCGUUGUUGGUGAUUUUAACAAUGACACCCGAUUGGAUAUAGUCGUUGCUAGUUCGAAUAGGCACACCAUAAGUAUAUUUCUCGGAUUUGGUAAUGGCUCUUUUGAAAACCAAACAACAUACUCAACUGGCUUGUAUCCAAAAUCUGUAGCUGUUGGCGAUUUUAACAGCGAUACUCGAUUGGACAUCGUUGUUGCUAAUUCUGGAAGUUUGACUGUAAGUGUACUUCUCAGACGUCACAAUCUAGCUUUUGAAAAACAAAUGACGCUCAGAACUGGUAGUGGAUCUCGACCAAAGUCGUUCGUCAUUGGAGAUUUUAACAAUGACAAUCAAAUAGACAUUGCGGUCGCGAAUUCUGGUACUAACAACAUUGGUAUUUUUCUGGGACAUGGCAAUUAUUCUUUCACAAACCAAACAGCAUUUUCAACUGGCUCUACUCCAAUCUCUGUUGCAGUUGGCGAUUUCAACAAGGAUACCAUACUUGAUAUUGUCGUUGCUAAUCAUGGCAAUGACAAUGUUGGUGUGUUUCUAGGAUGGGGUAAUGGCUCUUUUUUAGGCCAAAACACGUUUAUGACUGGUUCCAAAUCUGAUCCGAUCGCGGUUGCUGUUGGAGAUUUCAACAGUGAUACCUUCCUUGACAUUAUUGUCGCUAAUUAUGGCACCAACAACAUAGGCGUAUUUCUUGGAUAUGGUAAUGGCUUUUUCGCCGAUAUAAAAAUUUUUUCGAUGAGUUAUGGAUCUUUUCCAUUCUCAGUUUUUGUUGCUGAUUUUAAUAAUGACGGAAAACUGGAUUUUGCAGUCGCGAAUAAUGGUACUGACACUUUAAAAAUUCUCUUACAGACUUGUUGA